AUGCUAAGCAAGGUUGAGCGGCCCUCGCCCUACGAGUUUUCCACUUCAAGUGGAGUGUGCGGGGUGUGGGGUCGGGGUGACAAGGGUGCUAUUCAGAAUGGCUUAGAUAAGGCAACCCUUGACGGGUGCGUCACUUGCACCACCCACUUGUUUCGGAGGCCGUGUUAUGAAAUCAACGUGUUCGAGCGCAACACUCCUCGGCUCUCACAGUCCCAAAUGGAAAAUGGAAAAUGUGGUACACGGCUGUUCGAGAAUUUUUCAAAGCGAAAUUUUGUCGUGAAUUUUUAA